AUGCUCUACUCCCAUACAAUUGAGGUUUCGCUCUUCAAGCUACGUUCUUUAGGUCUGUCAAUUGACGAAUCUGUCCCUCAAUUCUGGGAUGUUUGUAAACUUGUUGGACUGAAGGUCAUCUACGACACGAAAUACAUCGUGUUUUGUUGUCUCCUUUGCGUGCUCAUCUUUGUGGUGUGUUUUGUUUUCCCGGACACGAAGGAUCGCAUCCUGGAGGACAUCGACAAAGCGUUUGAAGGAAAAGAAGCAACCCUUGAUGAAAAGGUGGUUGACGAUUCUGUGGAGAGGGAGACAUUUGUUGCAAAGAAAUCCGAAAUCCGAUGA